AUGCAUGUGCAGGUUGAUCCUGAUUCCCCUCGAUUUCCCCAACGAGGGACAGAUGCAAAGAUCAUCCGUCGUCUGUUGGGGUACAUUUGGCCGUCUGACAACCCUGCUAUCCGUUUCCGCGUUGCCACAGCUUUUGGAUUGUUGUUGGCUGCGAAGCUGGCGAACGUCGCCGUUCCUUUUAUCUUCAAGUACGGAAUUGACGUUCUCUCUGGAGAUUCACCAGUCCUUCUCUCCGAUUGCUCGCCCACCGCAAUGGCUGUCACGACUAUGUUAACAUACGGCGCCGUGCGAGCUUCAGCCUCCGGUUUAAACGAGUUACGGAAUGCUGUUUUUGCAAGAGCAGCACAUUCAUCCAUUCGAAAAGUUGGUGUGGCGGUAUUUGACCAUGUGCUUGCGCUUGACUUGGCCUACCACCUAGAUAGGAGAACUGGUGCGGUGGGGAAAGCGAUCGAUCGCGGUGCACGGGCCAUCCAGUUUGUUCUCAUUGCUCUCGUUUUCAAUCUUCUGCCGACAAUACUGGAAGUCGGAUUGGUAACGGCGAUUUUGUUCCAGAAGUAUGGUUUCGAGUGCAGUUCCAUCGCUCUCUCCUGCAUAGGCGUUUACACGGCGUUCACCUUGGCUGUGACACGUUGGCGGACUGAAUUUCGUCGCGAAAUGAACAAAGCCGAUGGCCUGGCCGGUAGUCACGCCACCGAUGCUAUGAUCAACUACGAAACCAUUAAAUACUUUGGGAACGAAAAGCACGAGGUCAGCAUCUACGAUGGUCUGCAGGGGCGAUUUGAGAAAGCCAGCAUAAAGACUGCCACGAGUCUGGCGGCGCUCAACUUCGGCCAGGUGGCCAUUUUCUCCGCGGGCCUGGCCGCGACCAUGGCCAUCGUCGCCGGCCAGAUCGACCCAGUCCCCAUCGAUGCGGUGAGUGCCCUGGCCUCCAAGGUGGCAGCCUCUGGACUCACCGUGGGUGACCUCGUCCUUGUCAAUGGCCUCCUUUUCCAACUCUCUGUCCCGCUCAACUUCCUCGGCAGCGUCUAUCGGGAGAUACGCCAAUCUCUUGUCGAUAUGACCACAAUGUUUAAGUUGAUGGAAAUCAAACCGAAAGUCCAGUCCCUUCCAGGUUCCCCCGAGUUGAAUGUCCGCAAAGAGACCGCCAGCAUUGAAUUUCGUGAUGUCUCCUUUUCCUACCAGAAGGAGCCCAACUCGCGUCGUAGUCUCUGCGACGGCCUUAAUUUCAAGGUGUUUCGAGUUGAUGCUGACCUGGCCUUUACUGCCGAGCGCUCCCCCACAUUUCAGAUCGAACCCGGACAAAAGGUCGCCGUUGUGGGCGAAAGCGGCAGCGGCAAGUCCACCAUCGUGCGGCUCCUCUACCGAUUCUACGAUGCCGACGCCGGUUCCAUCCUGAUUGCCGGGCAGGACAUCCGAAGCGUCGACUUGUUCAGCCUUCGCAAGGCCAUGGCUGUCGUUCCACAGGACACCGUUCUGUUUCACAACACCAUCUUCUACAAUCUAAAGUAUGGCAAUCUGCAGGCAAGUGACGAAGAGGUGUACGAGGCGGCCAGACUCGCUGACUUGGAUCAGGCCAUCCAGCGAAUGCCCCUUGGCUACGAAACACCUCUCUCCGGAGGGGAGAAGCAGAGGGUGGCUAUCGCCCGAGCCCUCCUGAAAAAGUCCCCAAUUCUGAUCUACGAUGAGGCCACCUCGUCUUUGGACACAAUCACGGAAUACACGAUUCUUCGACGCCUUGCCAAGGCAACUCCUGGUGUCACUUCCAUAGUGAUCGCGCACCGCCUUAGCACCAUUGUAGAUGCUGAUAGAAUACUUGUGCUUCGAGGAGGACGCGUUUUCGAAGAGGGCACCCACAAGAGCCUCCUCGCAACACCGAACUCCUACUAUUCACAGCUAUGGUACCAGCAGAUGACUGGCAAAUUAGGCGGAAUUCCCGACACCAACCCCCAAUCUGAAGGUUCUAAAUCCAAUUAG